UACCGGCUCUAUUUAUAACUAUACAAAACUGUAAAUGUGUACUGUACCUUACAUGGGUGUUUAUAACAACGUUCACCACGGUAUAGUUUUACUUCCUUAACAAUGGAGUGACACAGGAGAUGACUUUACACUCAGUCCAGUGUCGUACCUGUGUUUGCCUUUACACUGAUUAAUAAUUCACCACUUGGACAUUUACCGGACAUCCAAACGUCACCCAUUAACAGGUGGCACAGGUUCAACACCAGUUUUGUGACACUGUAGCGAACCCACUACAGUAGUAGGUGUCCAACGUUCCAGAACUGUGUACACGUUUAUAUUAGCAGAAUCCUGUAUUAAUUAAACAGUCAUACGAGUCCCGAUUGAACACAAAAUGGAUGCAAAAAGUGAAGUUAAGGUUAGAUUAUUGAACAAAUUCUGUGAACUUCACAAAGAGGCGAGGAAAAAGGGGUUGGACAAGGAAGUAAUUCAUGCAAUAUUCCAAGGUAAAAUUGUACGGGUAGAAACCGGAAUGGACCCUUGGAUGACUAGACUGACAUGGUGUCUGGUCAUCAUGAUUGCUCUGCUUGGCACUAUUCUGGGCAUUCUCGCACACCAAUAUGAUCUGAAAGAGGAGAUGACGAUGCUGGUGAGAGGCUCGAGGUGUGCCGUAGACAACAACGGAUUUAUGAUGGAAAUAGCCAGACCAAAAACAAACUGCCAGAUUUGUGAAAAUCUACUUUCGGUUCCUAUUGAAACCAACAUUUCCACCGAGAAGUUUUUACAGAAGUAUGCCUACACUGCCGUGCCCGUGCUGGUGAAGGACGCUACCCAGCACUGGACGGCCAUGGAAACCUUCAGUUUCAGGUUCUUUAGGGAUCUCUACAAAUCCAUAAACGGGUCUUUAAAUGCUGUUGAAGAAGACUGUCAGUUUUUUCCAUACAAAACAGAGUUUGAAACUCUAGAAGAAGUUUUGAAUAUGACAGAAGAUCGAGCAGAUUUUAGAGAUGGAGAAAAGCUGUGGUAUGUUGGAUGGAGUAACUGUCACCCUGGAGUGGCGAGCGUUCUCCGAGAACACUAUCAAAAACCUUACUUCCUACCGAACGACACAGAAUCAAGUGCGCUAGACUGGAUCUUCAUGGGCGGAACCGGGCUGGGAGCCUUCAUACACUUAGACUACGUACAGCGCCCGUCCUGGCAGGCGCAGAUCUCCGGGGAGAAGACGUGGAGUCUGAUCCCUACCCCGGAGUGUGAACACGUUUGCCACAGCAUGAACGUCACAGUGCAGAAAGGGGACAUAAUUGUAGUGGAUACAAACCAAUGGUACCACGCCACCUACAUCCACCCAGGGGAGAUAAGCAUCACCAUCGGGUCGGAGUACGACUAGUGACCACAAUGACUAUAUCAGUUAUCAAUGUGUCUAAAUCAGUUAUAAAAGCGUCGGAAUACGUCAAUCCUAAACGGGUCGGAAUACGACUAGUGAUCAUACUAUCUAAAUCAGUUAUCAACGGGUCGGAAUACGACUAGUGAUCAUACUAUCAAAAUCAGUUAUCAACGGGUCGGAAUACGACUAGUGAACGAAGUACGAUUAGUGACCACGCCUUCUUCUCCUAUCAUCGGGUUGGAGUUUGACCUGUGAUCGUUUUAUCUAAUGUCCUGGGACGAACCCAUUCUGUGAUUUGGAUUAAAUGUCUCAUAAUAGUUUUAUAAUGACAGAUGUAAUUUGUCUAUAGUUUCAUUAUAGUUAUGUAAGUAAACUAUAAGUAAGCGGAAGUGUGAUUGUUGUUACAUUUAUAUAAGUUAGGGAACGUGGACGUGUGAUUGCUGUAACAUUUAUAUAAGUUAGGGUACGUGGACGUGUGAUUGCUGUAACAUUUAUAUACGUUAGGGUACGUGGACGUGUGAUUGUUGUUACAUUUAUAUAAGUUAGGGUACGUGGACGUGUGAUUGUUGUUACAUUUAUAUAAGUUAGGGUACGUGGACGUGUGAUUGUUGUUACAUUUAUAUAAGUUAGGGUACGUGGACGUGUGAUUGUUGUUACAUUUAUAUAAGUUAGGGUACGUGGACGUGUGAUUGUUGUUACAUUUAUAUAAGUUAGGGUACGUGGACGUGUGAUUGUUGUUACAUUUAUAUAAGUUAGGGUACGUGGACGUGUGAUUGUUGUUACAUUUAUAUAAGUUAGGGUACGUGGACGUGUGAUUGUUGUUACAUUUAUAUAAGUUAGGGUACGUGGACGUGUGAUUGUUGUUACAUUUAUAUAAGUUAGGGUACGUGGACGUGUGAUUGUUGUUACAUUUAUAUAAGUUAGGGUACGUGGACGUGUGAUUGUUGUUACAUUUAUAUAAGUUAGGGUACGUGGACGUGUGAUUGUUGUUACAUUUAUAUAAGUUAGGGUACGUGGACGUGUGAUUGUUUCUACAUUUAUAUAAGUUAGGGUACGUGGACGUGUGAUUGUUUCUACAUUUAUAUAAGUUAGGGUACGUGGACGUGUGAUUGUUUCUACAUUUAUAUAAGUUAGGGUACGUGGACGUGUGAUUGUUUCUACAUUUAUAUAAGUUAGGGUACGUGGACGUGUGAUUGUUUUUACAUUUAUAUAAGUUAGGGUACGUGGACGUGUGAUUGUUGUUACAUUUAUAUAAGUUAGGGUACGUGGACGUGUGAUUGUUGUUACAUUUAUACAAGUUAGGGUACGUGGACGUGUGAUUGUUGUUACAUUUAUAUAGGUUAGGGUACGUGGACGGGCGAUUGUUUAACAACAGUUACAGUUCGGUAGUAUUGUACAUUUAUACAUUGAUUGAUUGAUUGAUUGAUUGAUUGAUUGAUUGCUUUGAAAUAAAACUGUUAUUUGGCUCCAUGAAGUUAACAUGUUAUCUGUCCUUGUUUAAUUCUUCAGUUUGUAAUCUAAUCGAAAGAUGUUUCAGAAUUAUGCCGACCAACGCUUUAAACAGUGAUAAAUAAAACGAAUUCAACAGUC